GAAAUGCAGAACUUCUGAGUUUACUUGUUCACGUCUGUCUCAGAGUUAUCACAUGAGCCUUGGCUUUUCAAAUCAUCCACUGAAUCAUGGACCGGCUGACACUGCAUCUCUUUCUCCUGUCAGGGUUACUAACCUGCGAUCAUGUCGCCCGUGCAAGUAAUACUACCGCACAGCCGGUUGUGAACAUGACGUCACCAGCCAUGUUGUCUUCUACAAGUUCCAGCCAAACAACCAGCACCGACACAUCUACUCCUUCAGAUGGCUCAUCAUCGACAGCUGCAGUCUCCAAUGGAAGUAGCAGUACUGCAUCUGCACAGCCGGAUGUGAACACUUCAGCAUCCUUGGAGACCUCGAUAACAAGUUCCAGCCAAACAACCAGCACCGACGCAUCUACUCGUUCAGUUGGCAACACAACAUUAGCCCCUACAGCUGCAGUCUCCAAUGGAAGUAGCAGUACUGCAUCUGCACAGCCGGAUGUGAACACAUCAGCAUCCUUGGAGACCUCGAUAACAAGUUCCAGCCAAACAACCAGCACCGACGCAUCUACUCCUUCAGUUGGCAACACAACAUUAGCCCCUACAGCUGCAGUCUCCUAUGGAAGUAGCAGUACUGCAUCUGCACAGCCGGAUGCGAACACAUCAGCAUCCUUGGAGACCUCGAUAACAAGUUCUAGCCAAACAACCAGCACCGACGCAUCUACUCCUUCAGUUGGCAACACAAUAUUAGCCCCUACAGCUGCAGAUGUUACAGGCUGUGCAGGUCCACCAAAAUUGUGCUGCGCUGGUCAGAACAACAGCUGCUUCAGGCCGGGGUGUGGUUUCUGUGAUCAGAUCUGUGUGCAACUGAAUGAUUGCUGUAAUGACUACACCUCAACCUGCACAUCAGUCUUCAUUGCAAAUAACACUACUGCACAGCCAGCUGUGAACACAUCAGCUUCCAUUGUGUCCUCUACAACAAGUUCCAGCCAAACAACCAACAUUGACACAACGACUCCUUCAGAUGGCGCCAUUAUAUCACUCUCGACAUCUACAGCAGUCUUCAUUGCAAGUACCACUACUGCACAGCCAGCUGUGAACACUUCAAUUGUGUCCUCUACAACAAAUUCCAGUCAAACAACCAACAUUGACACAACAACUCCUUCAGAUGGCGCCAUUAUAUCACUCUCGACAUCUACAGGAACAACACUAUCGCAGGCCACUACAGCUCUGGACACCAGUAAUACCACACCAACAGUUGACAGCAUCUCUGACAUUCCCAUCGAAAUCACGCCCAAGAGCUCAGUGAUACUUCAGUUAAAAGCCUCUCUUCCAUCCCUUAAUGCGGAUAACCAAGAUGAGAUUUUUGAGGCUAUUUCUAAAUUUUUAUCCCAGGCCCUUCUGCCAAAGAACUGUGAGAGCUGCACAUUGAGAAUCACACAGUUCAAACGCACCUGAGUUGCAGCCAGUAAAGGGACCAGCUUCAAAAGACUCAUCAAAAUCAUCGACGUCAAAACUCUUGCACCCCAGAACCUUAAGAACAUACCUUAUAGUCCAGUCAAUCUAACUCAAAAAAGGGCCCAACCCAGGAGAAAUUGCAAUAGUAAUGUUUCAUAGUUUUUAUUGGUCCAAAUACCCUCCUGCAUCAUAUAUUAAAAGUAUACCUUCACAGAUUUAGUGGAACAUGCUUUUUUUUUUUUUGCAUUCAUUCCACUCUCCAGUUCAUUCAUGAUCACGCAACUCGUUACCAGGGGCCUCAUUUAAAAUGGACUGCGUAGGAGUCAUACUAAAAGUGCACGUACGCCCAAAAGCCGAAAAUGCCGGGCGCAAAAAAAAAUCCGGAUCUAUAAAACCGCGUGCACGCAGACUUCCACGCAAUGUUCUCUUUAUGAAUCACAGUCCACCUGGAAAGCUGCGCAGCUGACUCCGCCCCAUAUCCCGCCCUCAACACGCCCAUAAAUCCAUAUGGAUGAGCCUACUGAGCAUGCGCAGUGGCUUCCUGCAGCCUGUUAGGGAUGAAUCCGGAUGAAUGCGUCAGAAUGAAUGAACGUGUCGAGCCACCGUGCCACUGAAUUUUGCUGAGAUCUGAGAUCUAGAAGUUGUGGAUGAUGUGGAGAGAGGACAGUGAAACGAGAUUAUUUGGUGGUCACUGUAAAAGUAGGAAAAGUAUAUAAAUAGUAUAAAAUAAAGCGAGUGAGUGGCAGCACGUCGUUGCUGCCCGUUAGUGCCACGAUCGCACGACGCAAUUUCCACUGGGAACAGGGGGGACAUGCCCCCCCCACUUUUCAAAAUGAUGUAUUUGUCCCCCCCACUUUUUACAGUUUAAAAACCAACGGUAGGCUCAGCAAAUCAUCAAGACACUCGGGACGGCGGCCCGGCAGCCCCCGCUCCCCCUCCUCCCUCCCGUCUCCCCUCAGAGCUGCUCUAGGCUGUUUUAUGGUUCCGCGUUAUACCAACGCAGAGCCUACGGCGUAGGGUACGCGGCGACG